AUGUCCUCCCCUUCCUUUCUUGCGAAUUAUGAACCCCUCGAUGUUAUUGGGAAUGGAUCCUUUGGAAUCAUCCGCAAAGUGCGCCGGAAAUCGGACGGUGUGCUGUUUGCGCGGAAAGAGCUGAAUUUCGAGAGGAUGACGGAGCGGGAUAGGAAGCAAAUAGUUGCUGAAGUAAACAUCCUCAAAGACCUGCAUCACGACCACAUUGUGCGAUACCACGACCGUUACGUCGACCGCGACGCUGGAAUCCUUUACAUUCUCAUGGAAUACUGCGGCGGCGGAGACCUCUCCGCCGUCAUCAAGCAGGCCGCGAAACAGAAUAGGCCGAUCCCGGAAGACACCAUCUGGCACUACUUCCUCCAAAUCCUCCAUGCACUCCACCACUGUCACCACCCAAAUGGACACACACGCUCCUCUAGCGGCUCCGGCUCCUCGCUUGAUGCAGAGGGCGCCUCGCGCCGUGUCCAAAUCCUACAUCGAGAUUUGAAACCCGACAAUGUUUUCUUGGACGAAAACAAUACAGUGAAGCUGGGAGACUUUGGAUUGUCGAAAGCACUCGCACAGGCGAGUUUUGCUAGCACUUAUGUUGGGACACCCUAUUACAUGUCCCCCGAACUCAUGCAAGAAAAGGCAUAUGACUCAAAAUCCGACAUCUGGUCUCUGGGAUGCCUCAUAUACGAGCUCUGUGCGCUCAAACCACCAUUCCACGAAGCCAAAACCCACUCCGAACUGAGCAUAUUCAUACGCAACGGGCGAAUCCCACCGUUACCCCGCGGAUACUCGCAGGCUCUUACGUCGGUCAUCAAGUCGAUGCUGAAUCUUAAUCCCGCCAUGCGCCCUUCUGCCGCGCAGCUCCUGCAGCAUGAACGACUUGAGCUCGUGAACAAGGUCUCAGAGGCCGAAAAGAUGCUCGCAACAGUGAAAGCCCACCGCGCAGCCGUGACCGCGAAAGAACGGGAGGUUCUCGCGCGCGAACACAACCUCCGCGAAAGCGAACAACAUUUCACCGCCGUCCUCUCCGCCAAAGACCAGGAAAUCGCGCAACUGCAACAUGCUGUCUCGCAGCUGCAGUCCCAGCUCACAUCCGCGACAGCACAGGGGGCGUACCAAUACACGAGGCAGGAUCUGGAGCACGCAGCGAAGCAGGCGGUCGGGCGGAGGGAGGAGGAACUAAGGGUGUUGGUAAUGAAGAGAGAGGAGGAGGUCGCUGCGGCGAUUGCGAAGAGGGAGGAGGAAAUUAUGGAGGCUGUCCGUGCGAGAGAAACCGAAAUUGACCGUGCCUGUGUGGCGAGAGAGGAGGCGGUGAGGCGAGAGGUGGAUGAGAGGGUGCGAUGGGUUGUUGAGCGGGAGAGGGUGUUGAGGGAGGAAGAGAGGAGGAUUGAGGGGGUCAGGAAGGAGGUGGAGGAGGCCAAGAGACGUGCUGAGGCGGGUGUUGGAAAGGGUCGCAAAGAUAAGAACCCGCUGGAGGAGGUUAAGAACGUUCUGUCGCAGGUUACACCUUCACAACCGCGGCGACGCAAACUGGAUCCUCAACCCACACCCCGUGCCAACGGCAGUAAAACCACAGCAUCCUCACAUCAACACUCUGCUUCGAAUUCCAGCACAUCCUCCAACUCUUCGUCCUCGUCGAAUGCCACGAAUGUUAGCGCGAACAACGCCGCGCUUGAGACGCCCACGGCUUCCCGUCCAUUCGCAACGUAUUCUGCAGACUAUAUGCCGGCAUCUGCUAUGAAGGGCGUGGUGCUGACUUCUACAGGAGAAACGCUUGCUACGCCGUCGCCCGCAGAGCUUGUCAGCUUGUUUACACGCUCGCCGAAGGUGGGUUUGGACUUUGGCAAAAUCUUUUCGCGGGAUGAGGGAGGUGGAAGUGGCAGCAGUGGGCAGCAGGGGCAGAGUCAAAAUCAAAUACCGCAACCGCAGUUGAACCCAGCCACGUCAUGUCAGUCACAACAGAGCCAGCAGCAGCAACAGCAACAGCAGCAAAGAGUCGCAAUGCAAUAUGAUGAUGAGGAGCUGGAUAGCCCUCCACCUAGCCCGAGUGCGCGGAAGGAGAGGGAAAGGGAGAAGAGGGACAUGAAUGGGAUGGUAUCGGCGCCUCCGCCCCCGACGAGGAUACGCAGGCCGUCGAUUCGGACGUCCGCACGGUCAGCGCCUGCCAGGACGAGUGGGUUCCCUCCUUCGACUGCCUCGUCGUCGAGUUCGGAUUCGUCAUCGGGGAACUCAAACUCGAGUCACACGGCCACACAUGGGAACGCCGUCAACGGCAACGCGAAUACAAAUGCAAAUGCAAAACAGAAUCCUAAGCCACUACCUCACCCCCACCUGCGCCCGUCUCGCUCAGGUUCGAACCUGGCCGCUGCGCGCGCGGCGGCGCAUGCUGCUGCUGCUGCUGGCCGUGUGCCCCUUCCUCCCGCGCCGGUGUAUGAUCUCGCAGACGAGGAAAAUCUUCCGAGUCCGUUUAUCAAGCGGACGCUGGGGAGGACACAGUCGCAUCCUGUUGUUGGCUCUAAUGGGAGCGGGAGUGCGAGUGCAUCUGGGAGUGGAAGCGCGAGCAAUCAACACACGACGGCUGCUGCUGCUGCUGCGGAGAGCUCGACAGCAACGCUGGGCGUGCCGUCGAGCAAGACGAAGCGGCGAGGUAGCAGCGGGUUACUGUUGCGCGCGGUGGCGGCUGCUAAUAGCGCUGGGCGGACGAGAAGUGCAGUAGGGGGGCUGAGAUCGCCGUUGAUGGACGAGGAUGGCGCGGAGGGUGGAGUGAGUUUCCCGCCUGCUGUUCCCGAACCUGGGCAAGGGAUGGGGGAGAGUGCGCGGCCUUCGUUGGCGAGUGCGCGCAAGGCGAGUGAGGAGGCGAGGAGAGCGUUGUUGAGAUCAUGA